GUUCUGCGCGUGCCGUAGUAGCGGCAGGUUCUUGGAAGUGUUUGUUUGUUUCAAAAUGGCGUUCAAUGGAGAUGGACCUCAUACAAAAAGACAACGGACAGAAAGCGACUCCGCUAAUAACAGAGGACACACAGGAAACUACACAACUACAGAAGAACCAAGAAGAAAAAGACAAGACGAAAGCAAACCAAAUCACGUCCUUUUGUUCACUAUUAUUAAUCCCAUGUAUCCAAUCACCGUGGAUGUUCUACACACGAUCUGUCAAGCAAGUGGCCAGGUUUUACGGAUCGUCAUAUUUAAGAAAAAUGGUGUACAAGCUAUGGUUGAAUUCGAUAGCGUAGAAUCGGCCGUAAGAGCAAAAGAAACAUUAAAUGGAGCCGACAUCUACUCAGGAUGUUGUACUCUGAAAAUAGAUUUCGCUAAGCCUGAAAAACUCAACGUACACAAAAAUGAUUCGGAAAGCUGGGAUUACACAGUCUCAAUGAUGAAAGAAAACACAAAUGGUAGACCGCAGCCUUUACUGCAGGAGCCACAUUAUGGAUCUCGACCUCAACCUUACAACCCCUAUCCCAGUGAACAGCAGAGGUACGACGAGAUGUGCGCGGGUCCGGGUUACGGAGAACCUUUUGGGACGGAAACGUACCGGAAAAGCGCCCCUCCUGUCACCGCCGAGUACCGCGAUCAAAGGAACACCCAUUUCCAGCAGCCCGGAGCCGUCCUGAUGGUGUAUGGUUUGGAUCCACUACGCACCAACGCGGACAAACUCUUUAAUCUCAUGUGCUUGUAUGGAAAUGUCGCUCGGAUAAAAUUUCUCAAAUCAAAAGAAGGCACUGCCAUGGUGCAAAUGGGCGACAGCGUGGCAGUGGAACGAUGUGUUCAAAAUUUAAACAACGUAACCGUAGGUCUAACUGGUGCCGCGCCCUUAUCACACCACAACAACGUCAAAGAUGAGAAGAACAACCAAUCCGAACACAAACUACAACUCGCCUUCAGUAAACAGCCCUUUCUUAGUGAAGUAACAAAUCCCUAUCCUUUACCUGAUAAGUCACCGUCGUAUAAAGAGUACAUAACAAAUAAGAACAACAGGUUUAUGAACCCAGCGAUGGCUAGCAAGAACCGCAUUCAGCCCCCGAGCAAGAUCCUGCAUUUUUUCAACACACCACCACAAGUAACAGAAUCAGAACUAGUCCAAGUAUUUCAGGAUUACGACGUCGUUCCUCCUAAAGCGGUAAAACUUUUUCCUAUGAAAUCAGAACGAUCGAGUUCAGGACUUCUUGAGUUCGAAGACACCACAGAGGCUGUUGCUGCCGUGAUGGCGUGUAAUCACGCCGCCAUCGAAAGUCCAGGCACAAAGUUCCCUUUCAUAAUGAAACUCUGUUUCUCGUCGUCUCGUAGUAUGACAAUUCGAAAUGGUGACAACAAUUCCAAUGGAGCUGGAGAGAAACGUAUAGAGUCUGAACAUUAAAUAGUAGCUCCAUAUCCCUUUAAUAUAACCGAUACAUAUCCUUUCCAUAUACCGUAUGUCCAUGAUACGUUAUUACCGUUAGUUGAAUUAAGGUACUUAAGGUAUCUUUUUGAUCAGUAGAUUGAAUCUCGUUAAAUGAACAUGUUGUUAUGUUCUAAAUGUUUUUUAAUUGUUGAUAUUAUUUAUUUCUUUUUAAUUUGUUAUUGCCAACGUAAUAUUUCAAGUAGUAAUUUUUCGAUUCCCUAAAAUGGACUAGUUAAAUUAGUAUUACUUACCUUAAAGAAAUUGACAUGAAUGUUAUAAAGAUUUGUGUGCAACACGAGUUUUUAGGACAAUUUUUAAAUGUUUAAUUGCAACGACAUUAGACGUAAUGUUUUUUAAAUACAGUAGGUUAUUUAUUGUUAGAAUGAUGAAGUAAGAAAUAGUACUGUAUAUUUUUAUUUGCACUAAUUAUCACCCAUAGUACUAUAAAAACAGGUUUGUUAAUUGUUAUUUAUUUUCGUCCAUUGCUUGUAACAUAUCUUCUUUAAUUAAAUAAAGUUUAUUUUCAUUUCAUUGAUACGUUUUAAAUAUGUGAUUAUAUUAUAUUUUUCGCUUGUGUAUAUAGUUUUGAGAAUUUUUUUAGUUGUUACAUUCGUAUUGUAAAUAUUUAAAUAACUGAAGUCAAUAUCUAAUAACUCUAAAUUCAUUAAAAUAAUAAGCAGAAACUACGAAACUGAGCAAAUAAGGAAAUUUAUCAUAUUUAGGAACAUAUCAAUUGUACAAUUAAUAAGAAUAUUUUGAAAGUCUAUUUUUUCUGUGCUUUGUACUUUUCAUAAUAUACUUUGAAAGAAGGCUACUAUGUUAUCGAUGAAUCUAACGAACUGCUUAUAAAAUGACAGCUUCAGAUUAAAGGCUUAGCUAAUGACAGUUUCGUCUUGUGAAUCUAAUGUCACUUUAGUUAAAUGUCUUCCUAACAUAUGUGUCUCAGUCUAACUAGGACCUAAAAUUUGACAAAAUUACGUUAGCUGGGACCGAUCAUGUGUUAUUGAUGUUAAUAAUAGUGUUUGUGUAUGAGAUAUUAAGACAUUGUGCAAUAAAAGUUUGCAUAGUUAUACUUCGACCACCAUAUUCUUAAUGUGUUUUUUCUCUUUUUUUUUUAAUAUGGUGUAGUUGAUGAUUUCAAAACAUAAAAGACAAAUAGUUAGUUCAUAUCACAUAGUAUUAAUUAUUCGUACUAUAGAUUUAGAGUUAUUUUUAGUGUGCAGCGGUCUCUAGCUGACAAACAAACAACGGUAGCUAAUCAGAUUUAUUCCGUACUUAUGGACCAAAAAAAGAUGGAAUGAGAUAUUGUUAUAGCCGGCUUAAGACCUUUGCAUACUGCAUACAGUUACUGUUGUAGGAAACUCAAAACUAUCGAUAGAUAUUGGUGAUUUCUAGGUGAUAAAGUGAUUUUCAUUGAUUAUAUAUUUUUUAGGAAAGAGUUCCGUUGAAUGAACACAUAUCCAAAAAACUCUCUCAAGAAAUCUAUCACUAAGUGUUUAUUUUUCUUUCGGCAUGGCAUAUCAAAUAAUCAAUGAAAAAUCAAGCUCUUCAUGUGUGUUAUUAAUUUUGUAGUAUUCUAUAAAUUUGCAUUCUAUAAUAUAUAUGUCGUAACAAAA